GAAAUAGCGAAGAAAUUUAUCAGAUCAUCGUCAAAGCCCAUUCACUUACGCGGUCUUCUCUACGUUUAACUUGAUUUACCCGAGCAAAUGUCAGUCACGUUGCACACAAAUCUCGGCGACAUAAAGUGCGAGAUCGCAUGCGACGAGGUUCCCAAAACAGCAGAGAAUUUCCUGGCACUAUGCGCCAGCAGUUAUUACGAUGGCACCAUAUUCCAUCGGAAUAUUAAAGGUUUUAUGAUUCAGGGAGGAGAUCCCACAGGCACAGGCAAAGGUGGAACUAGCAUAUGGGGUAAAAAAUUCAACGAUGAGAUACGGGAGUCACUCAAGCACAAUGCAAGAGGGAUGCUUUCAAUGGCUAAUAGUGGGCCAAAUACUAAUGGGAGUCAAUUCUUCAUCUCAUAUGCAAAGCAGCCACAUCUGAAUGGAUUUUACACCAUCUUUGGCAGAGUUAUUCAUGGGUUCGAAGUCCUUGAUCUCAUGGAAAAGACUCCGACUGGACCUGGGGAUCGACCUCUUGCUGAGAUCCGACUGAAUCGUGUGACCAUGCAUGCAAAUCCUCUUGCUGGCUAGACUAACAACAUGGGAAAACUUUGAAGUUCUCGGGUCUUCAGCUGCCUAUCCUCAUAUAUGCAUUGCGUUGGUUUCCUCCUCAAUUGUGGGCUCAAAAAGGUUUUCUAGUGUUAAAUUGUGGGAUAGAGCUCUUGCACUUGUAUGAUUCUUCCCCUCAACUCUGCUAACACUUUUUUUUAUAUU